CACACUCCUGAUCGAUAGGUGGCGAUAUUUGGUGUUGUAUCAUCCUCCCUCGGUGGUUUUGCAUAGCAAGUCGUUUAAUAUGGCGGCCCGCAGGAUAGCAUGUUUAGGGUUAAAUGCCCUUUAUUCCACUGUCUGCGCCCCAAAGCAGGCCCUGAGGAGCUGCUGGGGGGCGAUGGAGCAGGUGAGGGGUUAUUACGUUGACUGGAGGAUGCUGAGGGACCUCAAGAGAAGACAGAUGGCCUUUGACUAUGCUGAUGAGAGGCUACGGAUCAAUGCACUGAGGAAGAACACCAUCCUACCCAAAGAGCUUCAGAUCAGCCAGUUGGAGGCAGAUUUGCUGGAGCUGGGGUCACUCUUGGAGAAGGCAGAGAGGAAAAGAGUGCAGGAGCUGCUAAAGCAGGAGCAGAAGAAGGUGGAGAAGGAGCUUGCAGUCAAACGACAACAGAAGGAGCUACAAGCCAGGAGAGAGGCAGACCCAUCUGCUGCCUCUAAAGCAACAUACACAGUCAAGAUCACCAACUAUGCGUGGGACCAGUCCGAGAAAUUUGUCAAAAUUUACCUUACAUUGAAGGAUGUGCACAAAAUUCCAUCAGAAAAUGUGGAGGUCAACUUUACAGAAGGGUCAUUUUCUGUCUUGGUAAAAGAACUCGAUGGGAAAAACCAUCAGAUGACAGUCCUCAAUCUGUUAUAUCCAAUCGAUGAAAAGGACAGCUAUAAAAAGAUAAAAACAGACAUGGUCCUGGUCAUGUGCAAGAAGCAGACAACAAAGAAGUGGGAGUGCCUAACAAAGGUGGAAAAGCAGUCUAAAGAGAAAGAUAAACCCAAUGUAGAUGCCAAUGCAGACCCCAGCGACGGCCUGAUGAGCAUGUUGAAGAAGAUUUACUCAGAUGGAGAUGAUGAGAUGAAGAGAACCAUAAACAAAGCCUGGUCUGAGUCCCAAGAGAAGAAAAUACGAGGAGGAGAAGGCAUGAUGGACUUCUGAACUGCACUCACUGCUUUUCCACAGCAGGACCAAGUGAGAGCUGCCAGGGAUGCAGCUGGCGUGACUUGAAUAUUAAAUGUUAUGGGUUGAAACUAAAGUCCAAUAAACAUAGAUAUACAUAGAAAUCAUAUUUCCACAAAAUCUAGAAAUUCAUUACACAGUUCAUAUAUAAGGUGUAGGGAUUAAUAUCUAAGCCCCGGAUGGUCUCAUUUUGGCCCUGCUUUAAAAAUCAGGCUUCCGGUGUUCUGAUAGUCAUGGGGCAUAAUGCAUAAAGCUGUCAAUAAGUUGCACGGAAAAUGCCGUACAAACAUAAGUGCGCUAUCAAGCAGAUGGCAACCUUAACACACCAAGAAAUCACACAUUUCAUCAUUUAAAAUUUAUUUUAAGUUAAGUUAGAUUUAAAGGGUUAAAUGACCACAGUGCAUUUGUUUUUUUUUUUUGAGAUAAGUCUCUCAAAAUGUCUGUCAGCACUUCAUCGUUUAAAUUGGACCAGGGUAAAUGAAAUAUGUGAGACAUGUUCUGUAAAGUUACAUCUUAAUAUUGUUCCUUUGCAGAAUUCAGCGCAGCAAAACUGAGCUGAUAUUUAAGAUGUUUUCAAGUGUACAUUUGCCAAAGUCAUGCUCAUGUUCCUUUUAAUGAAGACAACCAGAGAACUCUUCUGACUACUUUUAAAGUCUUCAUAUCAGCCUUUUAUUUUUUUGUCAUUCCAUAUAAUAUCUCAAAUGAUAGCAGUAAAGGCAGGAUUACGCAUGCAUCAGUCCAGUGUAAUAAUGUAUGUUACUGCAUGGGUCUGUAUUUUACCCACUCCUGUGUAAUGCUCUAAAACACAUUCUUUGAAAUUCCUUAAUGUGACUGUUAGUUUGUUACUAUAAUCUCUAUUUACAGUAGCACCGUUACAGUUGUGAUUUUUCCCUCCAACAUUUGUGAAUAUGUAAAAUGUAUGAUUUAGUUGAUUAUUUUACUUACGUAUUGUUGCCCGCCCUCAGGUUGUUCAUGAAGUUCUCACAAAUAUAGAUCUUGAACUGAG